AAGAAGACCACCAUGAAGGCCGCGCUUCGCCUCGCCGUCCUCGCCAUCGCUUUCGCCAUUGCCACCGCCGGUGGUUUUGGUGGCCUCGGUGGUGGCUACGGUGGCGGUUUUGGCCACGGUGGUGGACUUGGCUAUGGUGGCGGCCUAGGCCACCGUGGCUUUGGUGGCAUUGGCGGCCUCGGUGGCUUCGGCUAUGGCGGAGGAUACGGCGGCCAUUACGGCGGCACCUACGCUGGCAGCUACGCUGGCACCUACGCUGGCAGCUACGGCGGCGGCUAUGGUGGCGGACACGGCGGUCACCUGGGCGGCUUCUACGGCUGAGCAUAUGUUCAUCUAGGGUUUACAAAUUUAGUAAUGUACAGAAGAUACGAAGAACUCACCCAUCCUGGGAAUCAUUGGUUUAUUUAACUUGACUCGGAAGCAAAAAAUAAAUGUUGUGACAGAACUAUA